GUUUUUUUUUUUUUUUUUUUUUUUUUUUUUUUUUUUUUUUUUUUGCGCCUGGAACCUGGAGUGCAACCGGCCGUCCGAUCGCAAUGGAGGCUGAGUCAACCGGAGCUGCUCGAGUUGCGUACCCAACUGGAUUAUCUGUUGGAGAAAAAAAUCAUCCGCCCAUCCACGUCACCCUAUGCCGCGUCGGUUCUCCUCACCCCCAAAAAGGACGGAGGGCUUCGUAUGUGUACAGACUUCUGCGCUCUCAACAACAUCACCAUCAAGCCGCGUUACCCAGUCCUACGAGCCGACGAUCUCAUCGACCAGCUUCGCGGAGCCAGGAUUUUCUCCAAGAUCAAUAUGCGAGGGGGUUACCACAAGAUUCGCGCCGCCAAAGCUGAUAUUAUGAAGACUGCAUUUCGAACCCCUUACGGAAAUUACGAGUAUUUAGUGAUGCCAUUUGGGUCAAUUAAUGCACCCUCAACUUUUCAAAUGACCAUGAACGAAGUCUUCCGCUCGCUACUGGACAAGUGCAUCAUCGUCUACCUGGAUGAUAUCCUAAUGUACAGCAAAACUCGGGAGCAGCAUUUGAAGGACUUGGAAGCAUUUUUCACCCUCUGCGAUCAACACCGCCUCAUCACCAAAGGCUCUAAGUGCGAGUUCUUAAAGGAGGAGUUGGAGUUCCUGGGCCACAUCAUCUCCACCGAAGGAGUUCACGUCGACCCCAAGAAAAUCGAAGCCGUACGUACGUGGAAGACACCCGAGAACGUGAAGGAGUUGCAGCAGUUCCUAGGCUUCGCUAAUUACUACAACAGGUUCGUGCCACAGUAUGCGAAACUCGCAGCACCACUCACGAAUCUGCUGAAGAAGAACACGCCCUACAAAUGGGAGCGACACCAGGAAGCCGUGGAGCAGCUGAAACAAGCACUCACGUCCGCACCGGUACUCAUCUUGCCAGAUCCCGAACGCGACUACGUCAUCGAAGCUGACGCCAGCGACCAGGCAGUGGGAGCAGUCUUGAUGCAAGACCAGGGGAAUGGACUGCAACCAAUUGCCUACCUCAGCAAGAAACUACGGGCAGAACUAAACUACCCGAUACACGACAAAGAGGCCUUGCCAUCGUCAUCGCCUUCAAAGCGUGGAGAUGUUAUCUCGAAGGACGAAGAACAACCGUCUACACCGACCACUGCAGCCUGAAAUACUUGAAGACACAACCCAACCUUUC